AAAGCGACCAUAAAGACGGCGGAGCGAACGGGCGUAUGUUAGUGACAGGCCGAUCAGCUGGACCCUGCUCACGAUGAGCAACCCCAUCGUGCACUUGUUCUCGACCUGCCUCACGGCAUGGCUCGUGUUUUACGGAACUUUGCUCUUGGUGUUCGAUUUGUGGCCAUUCUUCGCUCUCAGCUUCGGCACUCUCGUCCCAGUGCUCCUCUUCGUAGCGGCUUGGUGGUUACGGAUCCCGCCACCCCCGAGUGAAGUUGUCAAUGAAAUCCUCGGGCCAGACCCCAUUCACGGAGCCGUUGAAAAAGGGGGUUAUUUCAUGCGUUCAGUGGCGCAUCGUGGAGCCCCCUUGGAUGCGCCUGAAAACAGCAUCGCUGCCUUCCGCAUGUGUGCUGCUAAAGGAUGCACUGCUGUUGAAUUUGACCUUGCACUGACUAAAGAUGAAGUACCAGUUAUCUUCCAUGAUUCUACCGUUGAAAGACUGACUGGUAAGGAAGGACUUGUCGGUGAAAUGACAUGGGAACAACUAAGCAAGUUAGAUAUUGCUGCAACACAUCAUCUGAGUGACCAGUUCAAAGGCACACGAGUGGCGCGUCUUGAAGAAACCAUCAAGGAAUGUCUUGAACAUGAUAUGCGCAUGUUCAUCGACCUUAAAGAUAGGGACACAAAGCUUGUUAAAGUGGUUCUUGACAUUUAUGCAAAAUUCCCAAAACUGUACAAGCGUGCUGUGGUAUCUGGCUUCAAUCCUAUUCUAAUCUAUAUGAUCAGAAGGGCUAAUCCUGGUAUUACUUGUUCAAUGGCCUUCAGACCUUUCUGGUUCUCAGCAAACCAAUAUUCUGGAGAAGGGGGACCCAUUCAAACUGUUCCUCAUGCAGUAGGAAUGCCUUUUCUGCUAAACAUUCUGGACAAGAUCAACUUGUGGAUGGUGAACAAUUUUACCUAUUACUUUCUUGGAUUGUCUGCUAUUCUUGUUCACAGCGAUAUUGUUUCACUCGAGGAUCUACGCAGAUGGAGGGAACGUCGACUGAGAGUUGUGGCAUGGUCUGUUAACAAACCAUUGGAAAAAAAAUACUUUUCAAAAGUGUUAAAAGUUACCUACAUGACAGAUACCAUGAUUGGUGAGCCAGACAGCAAAGGUGGUGAAAUUGUUGAUGCUUAGAUUUCUCAUAUACUGUGGUGAAAAGUUUUGCUCCCGAGAAAAAGACUAGCCUUGCUUUAUUUAAAUUUAUCAUGUCUUUUCUUUUUUCUUUUACUUUUCCGUUGACAAUGAACUGCACAUUAAGCCUAUGUUUACCACUUUAUUUUAAUUUAUUGAUCUAUUAGUUUACAAUUUUCCUUAUGGCAUGGCAGCUAUUGUGUAGUUUUUGCACUGCAACAUGUACAGAAUUUUUCCACAUUCAAUACAGGUUUUAUGGAACUUUUUAAUGUGCAAUGGAGAUGAAGUUGGGACCAUUCAUUUCAGGGAUUGUUUUUUAAUCUCUAAUGAACUUCUAUUUGUAUCAAAUACAUUGUGUGUGCAGUGCUGAUGGGAAAGUUGGUUGAUACAAUUGACUUGCCCAUGCAUGGGCAACUAAACCAUCACCAAUUGCUUAAGACAUGUAUUCCUUUUUUUAGGGUGUGGUAAUGUGUUAUUGCACAUUUUCUACCAUUAAUGUAUUGCCGUUUUUAUUGUGUUCUAAUUUUGUUAGUGUGCAUUGUACCCAUUGUACCAACUUACUGUAUUUAUUUCUGUGUUAUUCAUUGAAUACUGUCUUGUGGACUGAUCUUUAUUACCUAUCUACAUUCAAUUCAAAGCAGCUAUGUUUUAUGGGUUGCUGUGAAAGCUGUGAUUCCAUAGCAAUAACAAAUUUUAAUAAAAUGCUUUCUCACUAUUA